UCGGACGGCGCGGCCCGGGGCCGGCACACAGCUCCCUGCCUCCGCACGUCUCGGGACGCGUCCCUGCAGCCAGCACCGAGCGACCCGAGCGCCACCGGCCCGAUGGAGCGCCCGCAGCCCGACAGCAUGCCCCAGGAUUUAUCAGAGGCCUUGAAGGAAGCCACCAAGGAGGUGCACACCCAGGCGGAGAAUGCCGAGUUCAUGAAAAACUUUCAGAAGGGCCAGGUAUCCCCAGAGGGCUUUAAGCUGGUGAUGGCCUCCCUGUACCACAUCUACGUGGCCCUGGAGGAGGAGAUUGAGCGCAACAAGGAGAACCCAGUCUACGCCCCUCUCUACUUCCCCGAGGAGCUGCAUCGCAGGGCUGCCCUGGAGCAGGACAUGGCCUUCUGGUACGGGCCCCGCUGGCAGGAGGUCAUCCCCUACACGCAGGCCACACGGCGCUACGUGAGGCGGCUCCACGAGGUGGGGCGCCUGGAGCCCGAGCUGCUGGUGGCCCACGCCUACACCCGCUACCUGGGCGACCUGUCGGGAGGCCAGGUCCUCAGGAAGAUUGCUCAGAAGGCCCUGGACUUGCCCAGCUCCGGCGAGGGCCUGGCUUUCUUCAACUUCCCCAACAUCGACAGUGCCACCAAGUUCAAGCAGCUCUACCGCUCCCGCAUGAACUCACUGGAGAUGACCCCUGAGGUCAGACAGAGGGUGAUCGAAGAGGCCAAGACCGCAUUCCUGCUCAACAUCCAGCUGUUUGAGGAGUUGCAGGAGCUGCUGACCCAGGACGCCAAGGAACAGAGCCCCUCAAAGGCACCAGGGCUUCGCAGGCGGGGAGACGGCAGGGUGCAAGACUCCUCUCCCACGGAGACUCCCAGAGGGAAGCCCCAGCCGAACAUUCUCUCCCGGGCUCCGCUCAUCCCAUGGGUCCUUACACUCAGCUUUCUGGUGGCAACAGUUGCUGUGGGGCUUUAUGCCAUGUGAGUGUGGACCCGUUGGCUCCCUUGAGCCAUGAACUCUGACCGAUGGAGGGCCCUCUCUCCAGAGAGGAAAGAUCUCUAGACUGGCUUCUCGACCUUGGGUGUGGGGGGCUGUCAAGAGGCCCCCUGCCCUCUUUCUGCAUCCCUCUCGCUCUGCAAAGGAAGGAUCCCUGUGGCAUCUUCUUCAACCCAAAGCACAUCCAGCCCAAUGACCUGAACUUCCAAACUGGGACAAGGAACCCAGCCCAGGCCCUCAGCAUCCCCAGUUCCUGUAGCAGAGCUCAGAAGAUGUAGCCUGAAGUGGCAACUGUCUUGAACCUCCUGAUGCCCUGGGUUCGUGGUCUCCUGCUGACACAGCCGUGACCGCUUUCUCUUGGGGCCACGGCAAUUUUUAUAUAAAGGUGUGAAGAUGUUGUGUCUUGUGUUUCUUGUUUUUGUCGGAGCCACUUUUUGUUCCUAGCUCAGCCUGAACUGUGAUAUUUUGUUGUGUUCUGUUGUGUUCUAUUAUGUUUUUAUAGUAGGGUUGAGAAAGGGGGUGUUUUAACAACACUGUGUCCUUGGUCUCUAACUGGUGUAUGAAACAAUAAACUACUUUGCUUGAUAGUCA